AUGGGGGAGGACCUCGUCACCACCCUCUCCAUGGAGAACGGCGGCGGCGGCGGGGGCCACCACGGCCUCUGCACCCUGCUCUCCAUGGACCCCUCCGGCCACCUCGACGACCGCGCCGUCGGCGUCAUGGUGCAGCCCCGCGCCGGAGGGGGCCGCCCCCACGCCCACGCCGUGUCCCUCUCCGGCGCCCCGCCGCCCGACAUCAACCAGCCGUGGCAGACGGAGCCCUGCGACAUGCUCGGCGUCGGCCUCGGCCCGCAGGUGUUCGACGCCGAGGCCGUGCUCAGCGCCGCGCCCAAGGCUGCCGCCGCCGGGAGCCGCAAGACCACCAAGCGCGGGGACAGCAUCUGGGGCGCCUGGUUCUUCUUCACCUUCUACUUCAAGCCCCUGCUGUCGGACAAGGCCAAGAGCAAGGUCGUCCGGGACGCCAACGGCGUGUCGGGGUUCGACAAGUCGGACCUCCGGCUCGACAUGUUCCUGGUGCAGCACGACAUGGAGAACAUGUACAUGUGGGUGUUCAAGGAGAGGCCGGACAACGCCCUCGGCAAGAUGCAGCUGCGGAGCUACAUGAAUGGGCACUCACGCCCCGGUGAGCCGCAUUUCCCUUUCAGUGUCGACAGGGGAUUUGUCCGGUCGCACCGGAUGCAGCGCAAGCACUACCGGGGGCUCUCCAACCCGCAGUGCAUCCAUGGGAUCGAGGUGGUGAGCUCGCCGAAUCUCGUGGGCAUCACCGAUGUCGACCGGAGGAGGUGGGCGGAGCUCACAGGGAGGGAGCUCAAUUUCUCCAUCCCACAGGAGGCCAGUGAUUUUGGGACAUGGAGGACCAUGCCAAGCUCAGAGCUUGAGCUGGAGAGGCCACACACACACACUGCCAUGAAGAGCAAUACUAAUAAUGUUCAGCAGCAGCCCCCCAAGAAGACGCUUAAUGGAUCUGGCUUGAAUUUGUCAUCACCAUCCAAUCAUUCAGGAGAGGACGGCAUGGAUCUCUCCCCUGUGAGCAGCAAGCGCCGGAAGGAGGCAUUCCCACAUGCCAUGGAUGAGGAGUGCUUCCUGCCUCUGAACCCUUGCAACGGGAGGACACAACAAGAUGUCGACAUGCAAUCAGCAGUGCAGCCUUCAUGGAUGCACGAGUUCACCGGGGUGAUGAGGAAAGCCUCCGGGCCGGCAACUGCUGCCAAGUCCAUUUACGAGGAUGACCAGGGCUACUUGAUAAUGGUCAGCUUACCAUUUGUCGAUCAGCAGAGGGUAAAGGUUUCAUGGAAGAACACCCCCACUCACGGCAUAGUUAAAAUCUUCUGUGUUAGCACGGCCCGGAUGCCAUACAUAAGGAGACAUGACAGGGUCUUCAAGCUCACCGACGCCAUGCCGGAGCACUGCCCUCCCGGGGAGUUCAUCCGCGAAAUACCUCUAGCCACCCGUAUCCCCGAAGACGCCAAGCUUGAGGCAUGCUUUGACGAGGCCGCUGCGGUUCUUGAGAUCAUGGUCCCCAAACGGGGGAACGAGCCGGAAGAACAUGAAGUCAGGGUCUCCAUGCGCCCUCCUCACCUGGGAGUGAACGACCUGCUUAUGACAUAG